UAAUGAAUAUGUUGACUCAACUUAUUGUCAUGUGAAGUCUGUUCAUGGUGAUCUUGCCUACAAGGCUUAUGUAAAUUGUGGCCACUCUUGUGAUAUACUCAGUAGUCACAGACAAAAUCAGUUAUACACUAUAUGACCAAAAGUAGCUGGACACCAAAACCAUGUUUUUAAUGGUUUGGGCUGGGCCCCUUAGUUCCAUUGAAGGGAAAUCUUAAUCCGACAGCAUACAAUCACAUUCUAGACGAUUCUGUGCAUCCCCAACAGUUUGGGGAAGGCCCUUUCGUGUUUCAGCAUGUGGCCAUGCCCCUGGGCACGCAUAUAGAGGUGCAUAUAGAAAUGCUUUUGUCGAGAACGGUGUGGAAGAACUUAACUGGCUUGCACAGAGCCCUGUCCUCAACCCCUUUGGGAUCAAUUGGAAAGCCAACUGUGAGCCAGGCCUAAUUACCCAAUCGGGGCCCAACUUAACUAAUGCUCUUCUGGCUGAAUGGAAGCACAUCCCUGCAGCAAUGCUCCAACAUCUAGUAUAAAGCCUUCUCUGAAUAGUGGAGGUUGUUAUAGCAGCAAAAGGUGGAUCAACUCCAUAUUAAUGCCCAUAAUUAUGGAUGAGAUUUUGGAUUUCAGAUGUCCACAUACUUUUGGCCAUAUAGUGUGUGUAUAGAUGCCUACAGUCUUUGGUCAGGCAGAAAUUACAAUUACUGGUACCUGUGUAUAAGUUAAACCAUUGCAUGUCAAAACCAUUUGGUAUUUCUAUAUUUAAUUUUACAUUUGAAUUAAAAAUAUACCACUUUCACAGAAUUAAAAUAUUGAAAAGGGUUUAAAUGCACGGGGUUCUUGAAUUUCAGUUAAUUAGCUUGUAUAUGUAAACGAAAUAUGAAUUAAGAAGAUUAAUGAAAUGAGCGAUGUUAACCCUUCCUUGCAGUUAGUAAAAAGACAUUCAUGUGCACAGAUUUGUCCACAUAUGCUGUUUAAUAUAAAUAUGCAAUUCGUGCCCUUUUAUGAAAAUGAAAUUCGUGAUUAAUAUCCCAUUUUUACAUUAGAAUAAUCACAUGGGUUUUUAGAUAAGACUGAUUCCGGCGACGGAAGAUUUCUGUAAUCUUCAGAACAUGCGCAUAAGCCAUGGAAACGAAUAGAAAUGCGACUAAAUGUCUCACUCCCGAGAGGACUGUAAACGCUAAUACCUCUGCGGUGGGCAAGGAAGUAGACCGACAAGGACGCUGGUGUGCUGUGACGGUCACUGUCACCCCCACGGUGGAGGCUCUGAAGGGGGAGACGGGCACCCUGCCCUGCUCCUUCGCCGUCACGCCCCCCUCGGAUAACGCCAUUGUUGAGUGGUUCAUCGAUGAGCCCGGUGCCCGCGCGCGGGUGGCCUACAGGCCGCAGUCCAGCGGGGAAGGCGGCAGCGACGAGGGGACCAAGCUGUCCGGGCGGGUGUCAGUGGGGGAGGACUUCUCCCUCUCCGUCGCCUCGGUGCAGGUGGAGGACCAGAGGAGCUUCCACUGCCAGGUGACGGCCGGGGCGGCCGGCGUCGGGGAGGGCACUACGGAGCUGAAGGUCUUCAAUGAGCCAGAUAAACCGGAGGUGAUGGGCUUGCCUGAAUUCAUUACCAUCUCAGAAAGUUCUGCGACGGAGAUCGGUCAGUGUGUGAGUAAGAAUGGUCACCCGGAGCCUCGCCUGGUCUGGUACAAAGACUCCAGCCCCCUGGAAGAGGUGAAGGAGGUCAACGACAAGAUGUACAUGGUGUCCUCUGUGGUGCGGGAGGUGACCGGACUCUACACCAUGUCCAGCACCCUCUACCUGCAGGUCCGGAAGGAGGACAGGAAGUCGGCGUUCCACUGCAGGGUGGAGUACGUCAUGCUAAACGGCCUCGCCCAACACAAGGAUUCGGAGACCUUCACCCUCCCCCUGCAGUACCCCACGGAGCAAGUGACCUUUGCCCUGGUGAACCCUGACCCGGUCAAAGAGGGCGAUGACGUGCAGAUCAAGUGUGAGGCCGAUGGCAACCCCAAACCCGAGUAUGUCUUUACAUUCAAGAAAGAGGGAAAGGAAGAUGGGAGGAAGGAUGCUGUUGAGGGAAUCCUGACCCUGUCACCGGUAACCCGUGACGACGCUGGCCUGUACCGCUGCGAAGCUCUGGACUUCGAUUCGUCCCCCGAGGUCGAGCUGGUGAAGGAGCUCACCCUGGCGGUCCACUACAUAGACCCCGUAACCGUCUCCCCUGUUGGCCCAGUGACCGCGCCUUUGGGAGGGAAGGUGGAGGUGACCUGCGACGCCGAAGCUUCGGCAGAACGCGCUCUGCAGUGGAAGAAGGGGUCGUCUGUGCUGUCCGAGACCGGGACCCUCGCCCUGGAGGACGUGAGCUUCGCGGACGCGGGGGUGUACUCCUGCGUCGCCUCGGUGCCCAGUGUCCCCGGGCUCCAAGCGCACGCCAACGUCACGCUCAACGUGGCAGGGAAGCCGGAGAUCGACCCGCCCUCCGACGGCGUGGUGGAGAAGGAAGGCGACACCGUGACCCUCAGCUGCUCGGCCCGGGGCCACCCCGCCCCGCAGUUCACCUGGAAGCCCGCGGGGAACGAGUCCACGGCCGCGGAGGGCAACCGGGUGACCAGCACGGUCCGGCUGGAGGCCACGGCCGCCGUGCUGGAGGGCGGGGCCACCUGCGAGGCCACCAAUGAGCACGGAGCCGACUCCAAGCAGCUCAAGGUCGUCAUCGGCAAAGUUACUGCCACUGACGCUCCCACUCCUGACCGAGCGGACAAGCAGGCGGGAAACUCCAGCGGGGCAAUCAUCGCCGUGGUGAUCUCUCUGCUGCUCCUCCUCCUGCUGGCCUUGCUGCUGUACUUCCUGUGGAAGAAGGGAAAACUCUGCGGGAAAAAGGAGAAGAAGGGCACAAAUGACGACGCGAACAACGGUACGGCGGUGGAGAUGUCGCCCGACAGAUCGAACGAGGAGAAGGGACUCCUGAACAAGCCGCCAACUGCGGAUCAGUGAUGAACGAAAGGAAGGAGAUGUGGGGGGUAAUGACAGCUGGAGGAGUUAAUGGAUAUGAACUGGGACACAUUUAAUUUUCUACUCGAAGACAAACCUGAGAAAUCCGGCAGGACUACAGUGAGAUGCAGUGUGGUUCGGGGCCUGGAAAAAAAAGUGAGGUGUCGAUGUGCUGUUAAUGUAUUCUGUGUAAAUUGUGACUAUAUAAAGAAGCCAACCCUUUCCAAUUAUAAAAAAACCCAGCCUUGUCAAACGCACAUAGCAAACUUAUAUGUGUUUAAUCAACUCUGUUUGGAUGAGUUUCUGUGUGUCCAGGAGGGACCAGAUGUAUACUGCUUGAGCUAAAAGAGUAGAUUUUACACUGAACAUUUGCUGUGUAUCACAGACCUAACAGGGAAAUACAGGGACACAAUUAUACUACCCCAGACAAGAUUAAAUAGGCCUAUGUCAUUAUUACUGUAUUACAUCUCAUAUAUAAUUGUUUUGUUUAUAUAUAUUGUUGCGAGAUGUGGUCUGUAGAUAUUGUGUCUUCCUGUGCGUGAAAUGAUGCCCUGAUAAUUGGUAUGAGAAAAUAGCAACAAUAGCACAAUGACAGGUCGGUCGGUGUAGAACCGCGGCUGUCAUCAACCGGUGGCCUUGGAAAUGUACUGCGCCGCACGGUAGAGCAGGUUCAGUGUUACCAGCACUAGAAGCCAUUGCGGAGGAGACUGAUGAAUUGAAAAGUAAUACAGUGUUUUUUCCCCCAUUCAAAUAGAUGGUUUUAUAGUGAUUACUUAUGACUCUUUUAAAAAACGUUCCUUCCGUCAAAUUUAGACCGAACAAACAUUGCAUAAUCUUAGUUCUACCGAGUGUCUUAUUCUUAUCAUGCUAAAGUAUAUAAAGAAAGUAAUUUUAUGAUAAUCAGUACAUUUCGUUCCUGUUCAGUUAGUUUGGUAGUUACAUGUCAUGUGCCUGAUUUUUUUGUUAUAUUAACCCCCAGAAUUCAUGGGAAUCAUGCGGUAUUGCAGGGAAAGUGUUGUCCACUGAACAACUCUCCCGCUGUUCCGCACUGUACAAAAACAUCCGGCUAAAUGGAAAACUCGUUUCUACAUUCCCCACAAGUCCCGGGCUACUAAAAUCAGCGGUGGAAAGUCCAGUGGUCAGAAAGAUAAAAUACAAAGACAAAGAAAAAGCUUCCACCCAUGAACUCAGUCAGCUGAUUUCACAUAGUUCUGCCUACUUGAAGAAGAACUGUGCUGAAGAAAUGUGCUAAUUGGCAAAUCCAGGUGAUUGGAACAGAACACUGGAGAGGACUUGUACUUUAUGUUUUUCAGGUCUGACGAAAAUAAAUCACCUGGUGAUGUUUAUGAUGAUGAUGAUGAUGAUGAUGAUGAUAAUGAUGAUAAAGACAACAGCAGUGAUUAACUCAAAUUAUAGGGUUGUAUCUAUGUAUGGUAUAGUUUUAAGUCCCGUCUUUUGCUUUCAGCAUGUUUUCCGAUGUACAAAAUUACAUUAAUUGUUUAACCUGUUAAGUUGGGGGAAAAAAACAUAUAACAUAUAACAUCCCCAUGUUGAUAAGACAUCUAAGAAAUCUGAGAUGGAAACCAAAGAAAUCCUGAUUAUUCGAGCAGAUUUUAUAAUCUGUGUUGACUGGUGCUUCGCUCAGGGGCAUGGCUUUGGCUCAUGGCUUAUCAGUGGUUUAUUGGGGUUUCAGCUCCUAGCUGAAGAGUUAUCACAACCAAAGACCGCUUCUCUUGUUUUACUUAUCCUGAAUUCUAAAAUCUUGACACUGGCUGGGCUUCAGUGCCGGAAAAAAAAAAGAAGCUUGCAUUGUGUUUUACAUCAAGCUGAAGUACGUCUCUGAUAACCUUUGACAAAUCUGGACAAUAGUCGAUGUUGAUCUAUAUACUCUGUAGAAAUAAAGUUUGAUUCUGUGGGAAUCGUCGUGUCUGCAAAGCCCCUCUGUGUGUAGACCUGAUAAGAGGAGGCUGGAAUGGACGUUUUUGUCGUCAUUAUUCAGUCUAAUACGCCGAUCCAACGUACAUUUUGAGAUUUCGGGUAACGGGACAGAACCUGCUCCUGGUUCUGGGCCUUGGUGUCCUACUUCCUCUCCCUUUAUAACGUAUUGGCCAGAACAGGUUUGUGCAAAUGCGGUGUAGGUCUCCACUGACAACACAACAUCAUAUUUCCUUAUCUCAGCAGUACACAUGAUUUACGUGACACUUUCUAUUUCUAAAGCAACGAGUAGCAUAACGUGAUGCCUCUUAGUGCCAAACUGCUCAGGAUGGGUGAAAGCAAAUUAAAGCAUUCCUAUAACCUGGAAUGCUGCUUAUUUAUGUAAAUUAGAUUUUUUGAAAAUACACGUUCUGUAGUAUUGUGAAACUACUGAGUUGCUAAUUCGUCUCUGCCUUUUUUUUUUCAAACAUCUUGAGAAAAAAAGUGUAGCUAUAUUUUGAAUUUAAUGAAAUGUGCUGUGGAUACAAGUGUUUUUUUCAUUAUGGUAUAAACUACAUGUAUUUUUUUGUAUGCAGCGCACAAUUGGUUGCUUUUCUCUUUGUUGAAUAGAAUGUUAGUGAACCAACAAAUAAACUAGGCUAAAUGCCAUGCUUCCACUGCGUUCUUUUAAAUAGCUCUGUUAAACUACCUGUUAAACAUUAUGUGUGUUUCUUUACAUCUGCCAUUUUGUGCAGUCCGUCUAUUACAGAAUAAACAUAUAAAAACAGCUUUGUAUUGUCAUGUCACUAUGUUUGCUUUGCCUGCAGAUUAAUUCUGCAGUAUUUGAGCACUGACAGGUUGUAUGCGCAUAUAUGUGUGCAUGUGCAUGUGUGCAGUAGUUAUUGGUUAAUCAUUGUUUUUUCAUAGCCCCAAAUUUUUCACUUCUGGGAUGCAAGUAUUUGGAAAAUAUUUUUGUAAAAUAUAUUUUGAUUAAAAAUCCCUUCAGACA